CCCCCUCCCCGACGCUUUUUGCUCGCGUCUUACACACCUGCUCUGCACACGCCACCAUGUUCGCUCAGUACUCCAACCUCUUCUACUCUGGUCUCGUGUCUGAGAGCAACUCCCCUUCCUCGUCCCGCCGUCCUUCCCUCGAGCUUGAGCACUGUGACAAGGCCGUCCGUGGUAGCCUCCCAGCUGAUGCAAACCUCGACAGCUUCUACGAAGCUACUACAUCUGACGACGAUGCAGUCUUCCUCACCCUCAUGCCCCGCCGUCGUCGCGCGGAGGCUGGCAACUCCUUUCUCUCGCUGGACCUCGCCGAGAGCAACUCGAUGCGCUCCAUGAGCCUUCGCCGGAAAGACACCGUCACAACUCGCGCGACAACGCAUUUCGGUCGCUCUGUACCUGCGUCGCCCGAGCUCCGCCCAGUGCCCACAUCCCCGACCAUGCCACUCAGUUUCUCGCACUUUGGGCCUGCUCCGCUACCUCACAGGCCCAUCGUCCGUCAUUCAUCUCGCGAAGGUCUCCCGGGCGCGAAGCCUGUACCUUCGUCUCAGCUCCCUGCCCCGCCCGCGUCACUUCACCGACCCCGUCCAUCCGAUCUUUCAAUCACCUUGUCCACCUGCUUUUCGGCAGGAUCCAGCAGUGGCUCCCCGUCACUGCACCGCGCGGCACAUUCUGAGCCCUCCAUCGUGUCCCCCAUCUCGCCCCUGCUCUCGCCGAUGGAGCGUUCCUACUUCUCCUUCUCCCCUCCGAGCAGCCCACCCGCAUACACCUCGCUUCGGUCACCGUUCGAGGACGUUCAACGUUUCUCCCCGGUCUCUGCUCCCGCUGCGGUGCCACUGCGCGCCCGUCCCUCCAUGCGGUCCACUGUGUCGUUCCGAACGCAACAAGUGAACCGUUCCGCUGCGCUUGCCGCGCUGGAAGGUCGCGGCAGCUCCAAGUCGCACUCACGGCAGCGCUCUCGCCCACGGAACUUUAUGAGCAUGAGCGACGACGAAGACGAGGGCGAGGCGGAUGAGAACGAGAAUCGCUCUGCUCCCGUGUCGCCCCCUACAAGCGGACCCUUCGAGACAUCCCUGCUGGACGUGCUUCACGAGGAGGAAGACGUGGUCGUGCCCACGGGCAAGCCCCGGAAGCGCGUGUCCUCGACGCCCGCGCCGAGGAAGACCAGGAGCCGGCGCGGGACCAUCGAGAGUCUCCUCUCACCGCUCACCAACUUCAUCGACUUCCGCGACGAUGAAGGUUCUUCGCGCAGCUGGAGAAGCUUCGUCGAGAUCUCAUGAGCUUCCGUCGACAACGCUUCCUCCGUGCAUCCUCGAUUCCCUGGCGGCCGACGUCGCAUCGAGGUAUUUACUGUAUGAACCCAUGCGUAUGACUUCCUCAACAAAACCCUCGUGCGGCGUCGAUCCGCUGCCCUCCCGCGUUGAUUCGCAUUGUCCGCUCUAUCUAUGACGCUAUGCUACUGCACCUACUGUCCUUUUCGCCUAAUCUGCUCUCCACGCUGUCGCCCCACACGUCGCAUUCCCAUCCUGUACAGCAUCGCCACGUCUCCUCAGCCUGUACACCUCGCAUAGCGCAAGAAUCGCACCCCUCAUCCCCAGUGAUGUCCCACUUUUUCGUUUGAUUUUGUGUUCGGCAACGCAGUGUUUCAUCAUCACUAUCAAUAUCUGCGACGCCCUGCGCCGUUUAAUCCCUCCUUUGUUCCCCGCAUCUUCCUGCAUUGCAUCGUGUACUCUUCUUUCCAUCUUCAAACUGUGCAUACCGUCUUCCUGCUUCUUCAUCUUUGCAUGUCUGUGCACCAUCAGCAUCAUUCUACCAGCAUCUCGCCUCCGUUCACGCUUCCCAUUCUCCCACAUCGCAUCUGGAUCGCGGUUCCUUUGUUUGCCACCCUUCAUUGCCAUCGCUCGUACGACCCAGUCCCGUCCCACCCCCAUGGACUCUAAGCCUGACCGAGCUAAUCCGCACGUACGUGUACAUCCGUAGUCCGCCGUUCCUUACCCCGUCUCUUGUGUGUACCCUGUACAUGGCUCUGCCGUCACCUCCCCAAUGCUGCAUCGCGACAUUGCCCUUC